GUUGAAAUUUUGAGUUAUCAAUCUAUUACCAUGUGCGAGUGCGAAUUAUAGUCUAAAAAGUUCUGUUUUGGCACUAUUAUGUUUUAAAAUAUUUGUAUUUCUUGCAGUAGACAUGGCGGACAACGAUAAUUUUACUGAGAAACAAAAACCACAUAAAAAGCGGCAGGCAGGUGUCAAAGCUGACAAGAAGAAGUCCAAAAAUAAGCCAACUGAUAAAGGCAAAAAUGUGAAAGCCUUUGCAAUUACAAAGGCGAGAAGCGCCGAAAAACGUUUUCGCCGGAAGGAAGAUAUAUUAACCAAAAAACAACACAUUCCGCUGGUGGAUAAAACACCGGAGGAGCCCCCACCGGUGCUUAUAGCCGUUGUCGGUCCACCUAAAGUGGGUAAAUCGACAUUGAUUAAUAAUUUGAUUAAAACUUUUACUCGGACCAAUGUGAUAAGCGUCAAUGGCCCGAUUACCGUCAUUACCUCGAAAAAAAGAAGAAUCACCCUGAUCGAAUGUAACAACGACAUUAAUAGUAUGAUAGAUAUUGCAAAAUGUGCAGAUCUGGUAUUAUUAAUGGUAGAUGCAAGUUUUGGGUUUGAAAUGGAGAUUUUUGAGUUUCUCAACAUCUGUCAGGUACAUGGGAUGCCGAAAAUUAUGGGAAUUUUGACCCACUUAGAUACGAUUAAAAGUGCAAAGGCGGUUAAAAUGCAGAAAAAGUCGCUAAAACAUCGAUUUUGGACAGAGGUGUACGAUGGGGCUAAGUUAUUUUAUCUGUCUGGCCUGAUUCACGGAGAAUAUCUACGAAAUGAGAUAAAAAAUUUGGGUCGAUUUAUUUCAGUUAUGAAAUUCCGACCACUCACAUGGCGAGGAGCGCAUAGCUACAUUCUGGCCGAUAGGUUAGAGGAUAUAACCAACUCGGAACAGGUUCGUCUCAAUCCAAAGUGCGACCGGGAUGUGGUGUUGUACGGUUACGUUCGAGGGGUACCACUGAAAAAAGAAAAUAUGGUUCACAUAGCCGGGUUAGGUGAUAUAAAAAUCGAAGAAUUAAGUGCAUUGCCAGACCCAUGCCCACUCCCGUCAACAGAGAAGAAGCGAAAUUUGCUAGAGAAAGAAAGGCUGCUGUAUGCUCCCAUGUCCGGAGUCGGAGGCAUCGUCUAUGAUAAAGAUGCCGUUUACAUUGAAUUACAAGGAUCCCACAGUCAUAAAAGUGGGAAACAGAAUAGUGAACAGCAGGCACUAGUACAAUCUGUGAUAGAGAAAAAGGAAACUUUGGACGUUCAAAUUGAAAACCAGGAAUUCAAACUGUUUAGCGACGGCAACGUCAUCAAGUCCCGCGAAUUUCAGCUAGUUGAAGAUGAAUCUGAUAUGGAAGAUUCCGGAGUGGAAGAAUCUGAAGAUGAGGACAAUAUUCAAUCUGGUUGGAAUCCUGAUCUAGAGCAAGAAGAAAAAAACUCUGACGACAACGAUGACGAUGAUGGUGAUGAGGACAUCGAAGCUGAGGCAGGGACGUUGACAGCAAGAAAAUCUAGCGGGUUUCUUUCUUCGGACGAAGAAAACGAAGAGGUAACGGUCAGAAGUUCAAUGGCUUGGAAAGAAGGGUUAGCAUCGAAAGCAAGAAGGGACUACCUGGAACGCCAAUCAACAAGCAAAAACCUGAUGAAAAUUGUGUAUGGCGUUUUUAGUAAAUUUAAAAAGAAUCAAGAGCAGGAAGAAGAAAAUAAAAAUGCUGGUACAGAUGUCGAAGAUGAUGAUUUACUGGGAGGUCUUUUCAAGAGUGUCGCUCUGAAACAGGCCGAAAUGCAAAAGAAAAAAACAAUUCAAGAUGUAGAUGAAGGGUGCUUCUUUGAGGAGUACGGAGAUGGCGUAAGGGAUUGGACGUUGGAGGAAAAUAAACGGCUUAUCAGCAACUGUUUUGUAACUGGUAAAUGGAAAGCUUCAGAAGAUGCCGAAGAGCUGUUGAAGCUAGACGAUAUGAGCGAUGGAGAUAGUGAGGUUUUCGGUGACUUUGAAGAUUUCGAAACUGGAGAGAAGCAUUCAGCUGAUCCUGGUAAAGAACAGGAAGAUGUAGAAAUCAAAUCCAAGGGUGAAGAAAAUGUUUUGAAAAGAAAAAUAUCCAGAGUCGAAGAAAAAAAUAUGUCAAGAGUAGAACUGAUGGAGAAAAAAAUGAAAUUAAAAGCAAAAUUUGAUGCUGAAUAUGACAACCCGGAAAAGGAUGACCAACAUAUCGAAGGAGACCAUCAGUACUACGAAAAGCUAAAAGCCGAAGCCCUGCGACAAUCAGAGCUUAAUAAAAAUGAGUUCUCAAAUUUGGAUGACGAUAUUCGGCUUAACAUCGAGGGCCACCGAGCAGGUCUGUACGUUCGAAUGAACUUCAAAGCAGUUCCUUAUGAGUUUGUGGAAUACUUUGAUCCAGCCUUCCCUGUUUUGAUCGGUGGACUUAACAUGGCAGAAGAAAACGUCGGUUACGUCAGCUGCAAGGUGAAAAAACAUCGUUGGUAUAAGAAAAUACUGAAAGCUGGCGACCCACUCAUCGUUUCCCUUGGUUGGCGGCGUUUUCAAACUAUACCAAUUUUUGCUAAAGUGGAGGAUGACCUUAAACAUCGAUACUUGAAGUAUACGCCGAACCACGUCACCUGCAGUAUGACCUUCUGGGGACCAAUAACCCCACAAAAUACGGGUUUGUUGGCUAUUCAGUCGAUGGUCGAUGAUCAGCAAGAAAUCAAACGUAUUGGCUUUAGAAUAGCCGCUACCGGAGCCGUUAACGAAAGCGAUAAAUCUGCUCAGAUAAUGAAGAAACUGAAACUGAUUGGAACACCAAGUAAAAUCUAUCAGAAAACGGCAUUUAUUCAGGGUAUGUUCAACUCUACUUUGGAAGUAGCAAAGUUUGAAGGUGCGAAAAUUAAAACCGUUUCUGGCAUCCGUGGCCAAAUUAAAAAAGCUGUUCCACCCGAAGGAAGUUUUCGAGCGACGUUCGAAGAUCGAAUAGUUCUCAGUGAUAUCGUCUUUUGUCGUACUUGGUUCAAGGUGAACGUUCCGAACUUUUACGCUCCAGUUACAAACCUUCUGUUACCCCCAGAAAAGAAAGCUAAAUGGGUAGGAAUGAAAACACUUGGUCAGUUGAAGCGCGAAAAAAAUGUAAAAUUUGAAGCGAAGCCUGACAGUACAUACAAACCGAUCGAAAGGGAAGAACUACAAUUCAGACCACUUGUAAUCCCGAAAAAUUUGCAAAAAGCUUUGCCAUAUAAGGACAAACCGAAACAUGGGCCAAUAAAACCGAAUAAAACUUUUGAAAGCGAAAGAAUAGCCGUGGUUCACUCGCCGCACGAACAGAAAGUUGCCAAAAUGAUGAAAAUGAUCAAAACUAACUACGAAGUUAAAGAAGAAAAGAGGAAACAGCAGGCCAAGCAGAAAACGGAUAAAUAUAAGAAGCAAAAGUUGAAUGAGGAGUUUCGAAAAAUGCAGCGACAAAAAGAACUUAAGAAAAAAGUUUUCAAAGCGCUUGGCAAAAUGGAAGCGAAACAUCAGGAUAAGAUGACCAAAGGUGGUAGCAGCAAAUAGAUUUGAAAUGUAAAGCUUUUCCGUUUUAUAAUAUUUAAUUACAUUAAUAAAUCGAGAUUCUUUGAUUAUUUAAAUAAUAA